AGGAAGAAGGAGAAGAAGAAGAAGAGCGGCAAUAGGCAGGGGCUUACUGUGAGGUGAACUGAUGUGGACGGAUGUAUAUUGCUUCAUCCUUUGCUACGACUAAGUCAUUUACGGCUCUUCAUGGAUUUUUUCAGAGGGUUUUUGCUGGCAUAUUUAAUGCCAGAGUCGUGUUACGACGAGUUCUUCCUCAAAUUUAACUUCCUGGACGUGCCAUGUUUGAAGAUUGUCCUCAGCAAAGGCCUUGGGAUCGGCAUCAUCCUGGGAUCAGUUUUGGUUAAACUGCCUCAAAUCCUAAAGGUGAUUGGAGCAAAGAGUGCUACAGGCCUAAGUUUCCACUCCGUUCUGCUGGAGUUGCUGGCUAUCACAGGAACCAUGGCCUACAGCAUCACCUACAAGUUCCCCUUCAGUGCCUGGGGAGAAGCUCUGUUCCUCAUGCUGCAGACUGUCACCAUUGGCUUUCUUAUUUUACACUACGGAGGCAAAACCAGCAGAGGUCUUCUGUUUUUGGUGAUAUAUUUCGGCCUGGUGCUGUUGGUCCUGUCUCCAGCCACUCCGUUGUCUGUCGUCACCUUCAUGCAGGCCUCUAACAUGCCUGCAAUCAUCAUCAGCAGGCUGAUCCAGUCUGUUACUAACUACAGAAAUGGACAUACUGGUCAGCUGUCUGCAGUCACUGUCUUCCUGCUGUUUGCUGGAUCCCUUGCCCGCAUUUUCACUUCGAUACAGGAAACUGGAGACUCACUGAUGGCCCUGACGUAUGUCAUAUCCUCGUCCUGUAAUGCAGUCAUAGCUCUGCAGGUGCUCUACUACUGGAACAGCUCAGACAGUCGUGCAGAGUUGAAGAAGAAGAAGAAGAAGUAGAAGCUCUUCUUAAGGACUAAAAUCUCUAUGAGAUUACUUACAUUCCUCUUAGAUGUCUGAACGUUUUUUUUUUUUCUCCGUACAGAGAUCGACUGUGCUUUUCACUACGUGUGCAUGCAAACAACACAGUUUUUGUUGUUUCCUGCAAAAUACAGUUCCAACAUUCUUUGCA